GGAGCAGUUUGCAAGCAGGGCUGGCAGCAGGCGCGGUCACGCAGCUUUGUACCUGUGAGAUUCCUCACUCAACCCCCAAUGACGUCACCCAGCCCGCAGCCGUCCGCGUCUAAAGGAACGAGGAGACCCGGUGCUGCUCGGAGAAGGAGCAGCAUGGAUGUCUACUCAGUGACUCUGGAGGGACCGGCUCCAUGGGGAUUCAGGCUGCAAGGAGGGAAGGAUUUCAGCAUGCCACUCACAGUCUCGCGGCUGACCCCCGGCGGGAAGGCCGUGCAGGCUAAUGUUGGCGUGGGAGACUGGGUGGUGUCCAUCGACGGUGCCAGUACAGAGAGCAUGACCCACGUGGAGGCACAGAACAAGAUCCGAGCAUGCACCGGCAACCUGACCCUCUCCCUGAGCAGAGCUGUCAGUACUCCUGGGUCUAAUCAGAAGGACUCGCUUGCCGCUGCCUCGCCUCAGCCCAGGUAUUCGUUUGCUCCCAGCAUGUCUCUUAAUAAGAUGGCCCGUCCCUUUGGUGCCGGGGGAGGCUCUGGCAACUCGAAAUCUGGGCCGGUCACCAAACCAGUGUCCUAUGUCCCCACGGCGGCGAAAUUGAACCCCAGCUCCCAGGGAGCUGUCAGUGUGCUGCAGCAACACAAUGGACAGGAAAGGGUUAAACAUGAGAUGGAGUCUCUUGACAAUGCCCUCAUCAGUAGUUCCAAGGGGCAGCACCCCCUGCUCUCUGAAGGCACGUUCUUUGAUGAACUCUACCCAGAGUCCAAGCACUCCCUGCGGAUGGACCAGGUGACUUGCAAUUUGUCCAACGACUCUAGCAAAAAGAGGCUGAUGGAGGACACACAGGACUGGCAACCUCGCACUGGCACCACCCAGUCCCGGUCCUUCCGAAUGCUUGCCCAGCUCACAGGCACCGAGUUCAUGCAGGAUCCUGAUGAUGAGAACCUAAAAAGGUCCCGUGUGGCGAGACCUUUCCAAGCCCUACCUAAUAUACAUGCCCCUAUCUCUCCCUCCCCCUCAGCCAAGGCUCCCGCUCCUUCCUCAACCCCCUCAUAUCGCCCUCCUUGGAUAACCGAUCCAGGCUUCGCUGACCGCUACCGUCCCGACAAGACCAGCACAGUGCUGACCCAGCACAGCCAGCCGGCCCAGCCCACGCCAGUGCAGAACCGCAGCUCCAUCAUGCAGGCAGCGCAGCAGGCUCCCGAGGGCAGUGGAAGGACCCCGGUGUGCGGGCACUGCAACAAGAUCAUCAGAGGCCGAUACCUGGUGGCACUGGGCCGCUCCUGGCACCCCGAGGAGUUCACGUGCUGCCAGUGCAAGGUGGUGCUGGAAGAGGGAGGCUUCUUCGAGGAGAGAGGCUCCAUCUACUGCACCAAGUGCUACGACAGCCGCUACGCACCCAACUGUGCCAAGUGCAAGAAGACGAUUGCUGGAGAGAUCAUGCAUGCCCUGAAGAUGACCUGGCACGUGCAGUGCUUUGUAUGCGCUGCCUGCAAGGCCCCGAUCAGGAACAAAGCCUUUUACAUGGAGGAGGGGGAGCCCUACUGUGAGACAGACUACGACAAGAUGUUUGGUACUAAAUGCAGUGGCUGUGACUUCAAGAUCGACGCUGGAGACCGCUUCCUGGAGGCGCUGGGCACGAGCUGGCAUGACACCUGCUUCGUCUGCGCUAUCUGCCAGAUUAACUUGGAAGGGAAGACCUUUUAUUCGAAGAAGGACAAGCCCUUGUGCAAGACCCACGCGUUUUCACAUGUCUGAUCUGAGACACACACACACACACACACACACACAUUCACACUCAAGCUGAACACUACACAGAAAAAAAAACACAACCCCAGACAAAGCUACACUAACACCCUUUUCCUGCUUCAACUCUCUCUCCCUCCCAAGCCUUGAGACGUGAGCUGGGCUCCAGGUAUCCGCCCCAAAAACAACUCCUGUGGAAGGCUGUGUAGGCAGCUGUUACCAGUGGAUGUUCUCGCAAGGAGGGCUCUGUCUUUUCAGCAGUUUUAUAAGGGCAAGCUAGUUGAGAUGUUACAGAUUUCCAGCUCCACGCAUGCUGCAAGUUAAUAUCCGUUCUUUUUCAAGUGUUUAUUCCAGUAUUCACACGUGUGUCUAGGAAGGGUGAGUUCAAGGGCGAGGCUACCCGUACGGCUCCUGAGUCCUUGAUUUGCUUUAACCCUUUGAGAAUUAGCAUGCUUGGAUUGUACAGAGGCUGCAUUUCUGUAAAAAGGCUGGGGGGAUAUCUGUUACUACUACUACUACUGCUGCUGCUGCUGCUGCUACUACUACUACUGUACUCGUCCUUUUCAGCUUUUACAGGGUCGUGCUGUCAUAGAAACAACGCUCUGAGUGAGCCAGGUCUCGACCGGUUUAAACAGAAUUACAGGACUGAAGGUCCAGCAUCAGUUCAUUGCAUCAAAAUCACCAGGGUUGUGAAAAAGGGAUACAAAAACAACUGAACAUAUUACAAAGAGUAUUGUAAAAUGAUUAUAACUAUUUUUGUAUUUUUUUUUAUAUAUUAAUGUACUGUAAUGGUGUUUACAGAUAUCAGCAAUGCAGUUGCAUGUGAAAGAUUCUCUGAUGGUGUAUCAUACUGCAUACACUGCUCCAAAACAGUGAGCAUUUAAUAUGUCACCUCGUGAUAUCUCUUUAGUGGUUCAGAGCCGUGUAUAUGAAGGGGCAGUGCUUUCUUCCAUGUCUCAGACCUGCCCGAGAGGAACCGCUCUGUUGGUGUGUGAGGGAACAGUUCAGUUUCCAUGUCUGUCUUUAGGAUGGACUUCACUUUCAUUGCAACGGCUGGUUUCACAGAGCCAGAUAAGCAUUAGUCUUGAACUUCCUUACCUAAGGAAACCAGACACCAGUGUUUUACCUCUUUAAUGUGCUUCUGUAUCUGCCUCUGUUAAGGUUCGUAGGUCACUGCCUCUGAUACAUAGAUGGGGUUUGUAAAACGAAGGCUGUUACUUCAGAGACUGUCUGAAAAGCGUGCUGUACUGCUGUGAUCGCAGACACAAGCGUGCUGUACUACUGUGAUCGCAGACCCAGGUUUCCUAACAAAUCCUGUCUCAUACCACCACUGCUUUUACACACCGCUGUGUAUGGAAUAACAAUGUUGUGCAAGUGCCAGUCGACUCUCUUAUUUGGAUUACUAGCCAUGAUCACGUGCUUUCAGAGCUGUGCAAGGAGCAAGCAGGCAUUCCUAAUGAAGUGUUUAAACAGACAGGAGUAUUUGUAUUUAUCCCUGGGACCUCGAGCUGUGCUUGCUGGCGAUUUGCUGUGUAAUGGAAUGUGGGUCUGAGUGGGAUUCUGAAACUUUGUGUUUACAACUAAGCAUUCUUAUUUAUGCCAGGUUCAGGGAGGAAAGGUGCUUAGCUUUUGACAGGGUUGCAUGUUUGGAAAAGAGAAUUCCUGCUUGCGCCAAAGAAACGGGACGGUCUUACUGUUUCGAUUCUCGUGCCCACAGAAUAGCCUCUACCAUUUUACUGUUGUGUGUUUUCAUUUAUUUCUUAUAAAAAUAUUAAUCUAUCUGUUAUGUUUGUGCCUUUUUUAUGCUUUUAUAUUGUAUACAUAUGCAUUUUCUUAAAAAAAAAAGUUUCAAACUGCUGUAUUCAUAAUUCUAUUGCAGGCCUCAAUGUUAAAAUAGUUUUGAUAGAGAAUGUUACAUUUAAGAUGCUCGUCAAUAAAAUUACACAAAGCACAGUA